AUGCCGGAAAAGUCUCAGAAGCAAGUCGGCUGGAUCUGGCCCAAGGACCCACGCCCUGGCAACCCCUCCCACUGGCCUCGUCGCUGGCGCUGGGUCGACAUCCUGACCGGCCGUGGGCCUGACAUGUAUGUCGGCACGAUCGGUAAGCCACCCAGGACCAAGGAGAAGCAGCCCUCCAAGACCAAUUGGGCCCGGUGGGACGAGGAGUUGGAUUCCAAAAACACGCCGUUCGUGUGGGCGCGCUGCCAUGGCCAACGUUACGAUUUCCGCCAGCGCAAGUAUGUCGUGCCGGAUAGCGGGUCAUGGAGCAUGGUGCAGUAUUGCGACGGACAGCAGGAGACGGAUAAGCGGAGACUGUUGCACAGAAAAAAGGUACACUUUGUGCCGCGGAGUUAUUUGGAUGUGUCGGGGAAGGAGGUUGAUUUGAAUUCAUGGCAUGACGAGGCUCAUGGGGCGCAUAGAGAUAGAGAAGAUAAGUAUUAA